AUGGCUUGUAAAGGAAAAUCUAUCAAAUUUGAGCCUAAAACUUGUCAAAUAUCUGUCACUGCAUAUGUCAAAGAAUCAAAGACAAAGAAGGAACCAAAAGCUGUAUGCAGCCGACGUGAUAUUGUUUUCAAUAAGGUAUCCCAACCGAAUGAAAAGUAUGAAGAAUCAUAUUUAAAGGACUAUACAUCAUUAAUAAAAUCUAGGUCUAAAAGAAGAAGAUAUUCCUCUUCCGAAUCCUCUUCCUCAGACAGUGAGGACGACUCUAGAUACCGGAAACGAAGGAGUCGGUCAGAGGAUCGGAUUCCUUCCGGUUACUAUCGUCCCAAAAAAGGGGAAAUCAGGAAGAUAGGUGCACGUAGCCGAAGUCGUAGUGAUAGUCGCAGUGACAGUCGCAGUCGUGUCCGAUCCAGGUCACGAGGCAGAGAAGAGACUACUAGUUCUAGGGAUCACCACAGAAAAAAUGAGCCAGAUGGUAGAAAUUUCCAUCAUUUUGGACCGAAUCAAAUUCGGCCCAUGUAUCCGCCUUAUCAAAUGUACAAUGGACCAAUGUAUCCACCGCCAUUUUAUGCCAUACCUUGUUACCGUCCAUUUCAUCCUCCUCCUUUCCGCCCUAACAUGUAUCGCCCGAGGCAUCAGUAA